CUUGAUUCUACAGUUCUACGACAGGAAAUCUCCGAACUGAUUGAAUUACUACCGGCUUGGCCCAUGGUUUGCCUCCCUUGUCCAGCGGGAACUGCACCCAGCCAACCCUACUCCUUUCAGGACUGUCAAGCAUGCCCAAAAGGGAGUUAUCGGUCUGCUGCUAGUUGGCCAGCAGCGGGAGGAUGCAUAGCUUGUCCAGACGGCUUCACAACGCGCGGAAAUGGGUCGCAGUCGCGAGCGGAUUGUCAGAUAACUAGCGGUCUCAUUUUAUCUUCCAUAGUUCAAUUCAUUCUCUGGCUUAUGAAUGUCUGGGUUGCACUCGGACACAUCUAUCUGUUUGCGAAGCCCUUUUCGUCAUCCGCAGAAUCAGAUGAAAUAGAACAACCUACCGAAGCUAGCAUAGGAGCACUAGGAGAACAUAAUACCAUCGAGAUGCCCCGAUUCGCUCUACUUGCUAUCUUCCUUGUUCCUGCCUAUCUCAGCCUCGUAAUCUGGCGUAUAUGUCAUCGGCAGGUUAAGUUACUCCAGAAUAUGCUACUUGUGGGUCAGCUUAAUCUCACCAAUAGACUUUACCGUCAUCUAAAGAUAAAAUCGCAGAGCACGGUUCAGAUCGAACUACUGCAAGAAUCUACGGACAAAGAGAAAAUAGAAUAG